AUGGGCGACUUUUUGCCGAUCAGUGUUGCUGAUUUGAAGACCGCACAGCCUCCGAAAAAAGGGUUUGUGGUUAUGAAUUCGGUGAAUCCGGACGCUCAAUUUGUAGUAAUGAGUGGUAUAUCAUCCAAUGAUGCCAAAUUUGAAAGUGUCGCGCGCCCUAUAAACCCCUACCAGUUCGAACCUGACACACCGUAUAUCAACGUCCAGCAUCAAACCAAAAUCACAGACUUCGUCCAAAAACACGGCAGCUCACCGAUACCUCUUCCAAGUUCCCGGCUUGGGCAUGCAAAGAAGUCGUAUUCAGAGGGAAAUGCUGUACCGAUUACGCAAACAUCCGAGGCUCCUGAUACACCGUUCGAAAAGCCAAUACUACAUACCCUUCGAUAUAGGAGUGAGUCUUCUCCGAAUAUUCCUCCACUUCGGUUCGCGGAGCACCGUGAUCCCAGCUCAAGCCCAACCUUCCAAUCUUACCAGGGUGUUGGCGACGGUUUCGCCUUCCCUAAUCGCCGCCUUCCUACCGCAGAGCAAAAUAACAAUCCAUAUAUCCAGGACUAUGGAUCUAGUGCUGUGUCGUACCAAACUUCUCGGGACUACGAUACAGAACGCCCAGCUCGCUCUCUAUCUCGGCUGCAAGUACAAACUCAUUGCAAAGUUGUCUCCGCUUCUGUGAAUGGUCGCUAUCUAACCAAUUCGCCGACGAAGACCCUAGAUGAGGUGUUCGAGAAAGGUGAGGCAGAAGGAACCUACCCAGAAAGCCCUGAGAGCUCACCCCCAAAACGAUCUCGAUCUCCUAUGAAGAAGAUGUUUGGUGAAAACGGGUGGCUCGGUCGGUCCCCAGCAGAGUUGGAGGAUGUGAAAUUCAGGGUCAAGAAAGGCUCAUCAAGAAAGGACGAGUCCACCGGCUCACCCCAAAAGAAGACCGGCAUGAUGGGGAAGCUUAAACACAAGCUUGAAGAAUUCGCCGAAAAAGCGGAUCUAUCUACUAAGAACCCUCGCUCCAGUCAUGACAAGCACCCAAAGCUCUCGAUCCUAGCCAGAUCUCUCGGUCCACCCGAACAGGCAAGAGUCGACAUGGAACUUGAGCUCAGUCUGGUGCAUACGGCCAACAAUUUUCUGAUGAGUCAAUUCCGUCAAGGUCGUAUGGCCGUCGAAUCUAUCAAGAAAGUCAGCGAUGCAUGGAGAAGCAAGGGCCGUCAUCGAGUCAUCGAGUUCAUGUAUGAUCAAGCUACACAACGAGAGCUAGUUGUAGCUAAUCAGCACAAUUUCCGCUUUCACGGUGAAAGAGCCGGAGACGAAAUUCGGAUCAACGCGAUGCUCUACAACUGGAAGCAGGUCUCAAAUCUAAUGGCGAUUCGCACAUUUUGCAACGCAGAUACUGUCAUUCUGAAGCUCAUUUUUGAUAUCGAGCAGAUUCUCGAACUCCUUGGUGCGACAGAGCCCAUUUUGCUUAGACUCCAGCACGUUCGAGCCCAAGCCAGUCAGUCUAUGCGUGUUGCCCACCGAAGAGAAACCGACCGAAAAGAAAACGACAAGACUACUAGUCAACAAUACGGGGGCAGUAAAGCGAUCGAUGGAUCGAUGUCAACCGACAACUCGACUAGCGAGAGGUACAGGGGAUUUCAGGAGCAGGCGAAGGACAAUCGCUCUUCCACCGCCAGUGCUCUCAGCGCCACCACUCGAUCAGUUGCAACAGACAAGUCCUUCGAUGACCCCUAUGGCGGAAUGAAGCUUGUCCCUGAUUACUACGUCGAGGACUCCUAG